CGGAUGCCAGUGAAUGGAUAGCUGCUUAUGAGCUUCGGCAAAAUGGUGACCUAUAUGAUGAAGGUUCUAUGGUUUUCCCGAGAUCGAAAGCUGACAUUGCCAUCUCGGUCAAGAAACUUCAAGCCGUGUAUAUGGGUCUUGCUGCGGUUUAUGAAUUGGAGAUAGCGGCAUCGAAGAAGUUCAUCUCUAUUCAUGUGCAGACUGACAACACCACAGUGGCCACAAUAUUGAGGACUAGAAGAGUGGUUGGUACUGCAAAGCGAGAGCCUUGUCCAAUCUUGACCAAGUACUUGUCCCUCAUCCAAGAAUUGUACCCUCCGUCAGAUUGGUCACGGUUACCUGCCGAAGUAGUAGCGACUGAGCGGAAUUCGGCUGAUAGACUGACAAAACAUCCCUAUUUUGUGAAGCUGUUGAGCUAUCGUGAUCAUCUACAACGAGCAAGUGAGCGAGACACUCUAAAGGAGUAUGAUAAGGAGCCGGUGGUAUCUACUAAUGUGGCGAAAGGAGCUUCUGAAUGGUAUUUCACAAUUGAUGGCCACAUUUGUGAUUCAUGUUACUCAGACCUACCCUUGGUGCUCAAGUUUGAUACAGCUGAUGUUGCAGAAGCCCAGGAGGAGAAUGAAGAUAUUCA